AUGAUUAAAUAUCCCAUCAAUUCUCCAAACAACGCAAAUGGAGGAGGACCACCGCACAGGAAUUACGAACACCACCAGCCGUCGCAGGCAGAGAUUUAUAUUGAGUCGACACCAGUUUACUCGUUACCCCAGACCAGAGCCCAAUUAGACGAGUUAAUAUUCCGAUAUCAGGCGCUCCUUUUGGAGGAUAAACGGAAGGAGGAAGAGAGGCUAGCUGAAGAGGCAGCAGCGCAGGCGGCUAGAGAGAGGGCUGCGAAGGAAGCUGAAGCAGAAUCAAGAACUGGAAGCGCAGAGAGUAGUAAAUUGUUAGGAGAUUCAACGGGGAAUGGAAAUGGCAAUGGGGCUGGGGCUGUACCUGCCACUUAUGGUGGUGACGUCGAUGUGGUGGUGAAACAGCAUGUUAAAGACCCCGAAUUGACUGCUAUUGAAAAGGUCUUGGCCCAGGUGUCUGAAAUCCAACAGAAAUACUUGGACGAAGAAAUGCAGUUGUUGGAGAAGCUAGAACUGGGUUACAGCAAGACCCCAGUCGAAGUUGACUAUGCAUUGUUGGAUAAGCAGAUUGCAAGUUUGCAGUUGUUGUCGAAAGAUUUGGAUUUGCCAGAGGCUAUCCAAGAAGAUUUGAGUAGGGAAGGAGAAGAAUCGGAAGAAAGAGACGAAGAAGAGGGCGAAGAAGAGGGCGACUUUGAUAAGAGUUUAGCUGUAGAUAUCAGCACGCUAGAUGGCUCUUUCUCAAAGAAAGCUGACAUAUUGGGAAUUGACCACUCGUACUCCAAGACCAAACAAGAAUCCAUCUAUGCUACCUUGGGCAACUACUACAUUGAACAGUCUAUCACGCAGAAGAUUGCCAAUAGAGUUUCUGAAUUGGAAAACUUACCAGCUAAUUUGGGCAGCUUCCAAUUUGGAACUUCUGCGAAAACCUCAGAAUUCGAUGACUUGAAGACUAGAGCGCUCAUCGAAUUGAAAUCUUUGAGGGUACUUGCCAAACAGAAGCAGUUGAGGAAAAAUCUCAUCUUCGGCUCGGCAGCAAAAGCCCAUUAUGAUGUAGACUAUUUGAAGAACUUCCUGAUAACACUUUCAGCACAAAGAUCUAUGUAUGUCAGACCUAAGAUAAUUCAGCCUGAUUCUCACAGACUAGCAGCAAAAUUGGAAGAGAGAAAGGAAUUGGAAGCCAAGAGACAAGAACACGAAUUACAUGUUGCUAAAGUACAGCAGAUCUUGUUAUCACUGGAGGACAUUAUUAACAAGAAAUUUCAAAGAGCUAACAAGAGGGCCACUAUCAGUAGACAAAUUAAUAACUUCCAUACCAACACCGAAAAGGAUGAAGGUAAGAAAUUGGAAAAGACAGCCAAACAACGUUUACAAGCUUUAAAGGCCAACGAUGAGGAGGCAUAUAUGAAAUUAUUAGAUAGAACUAAAGAUCAUAGAAUUACUCAUUUGUUGAGUCAGACUAAUUCCUUCUUGGAUAGUUUAGCCCAAGCGGUUAAAGUGCAACAAGUAGAACAGGGUGCUGAAAUACCACUUGAGAAAAAGAAGACUGAAGAGGGUGCUGAAGGUGCUGAUGUUGAAGAAGAAGUUGCGGAGGAUACUGUAGAUGAAUUGAGAGAAAAGAUCGAUUACUAUCAAGUUGCUCAUAGAAUCCAAGAAGAAAUCAAGGUCCAGCCCUCUAUUCUUGUGGGUGGUCAAUUGAAGGAAUAUCAAAUAAAGGGUCUUCAAUGGAUGGUUUCCCUUUACAAUAAUAAAUUAAAUGGUAUUUUGGCAGAUGAAAUGGGUCUUGGUAAAACAAUUCAAUCUAUUUCAUUGGUUACCUAUUUGAUCGAGAACAAACAUGAAAGUAAAUUCUUGGUCAUUGUUCCACUUUCCACUAUCACCAAUUGGACAUUGGAAUUCGAAAAAUGGGCACCUUCUGUGAAUGUUAUAGUGUACAAGGGUUCGCAACAGCAAAGAAGACUGAUGCAAAACGAUAUAAGACUUGGGAACUUUCAAGUCUUAUUGACAACUUAUGAAUAUAUCAUUAGAGAAAGACCUAUUUUAGCCAAAUUCAAUUAUAGUCAUAUGAUUAUUGAUGAAGGUCAUAGAAUGAAGAAUGCGCUGAGUAAGCUUUCCAUCACUUUGAAGCAAUAUUACAAAACAAAGAAUAGAUUAAUUUUAACCGGUACACCAUUGCAGAAUAAUUUACCAGAAUUGUGGGCAUUAUUGAAUUUCGUUUUGCCAAAAGUUUUCAAUAGUGUGAAAUCUUUCGAUGAAUGGUUCAAUACGCCGUUUGCCAAUACUGGAUCGCAAGAGAAGAUUGAAUUGACAGAAGAAGAGAGUUUGUUGGUUAUUAGAAGAUUGCAUAAAGUCUUGAGACCAUUUUUACUUAGAAGAUUGAAGAAGGAUGUUGAGAAAGAUUUACCGGAUAAAGUUGAAAAGGUCGUCAAAUGUAAAUUAUCCGGAUUGCAAUAUGUGUUAUAUCAACAGAUGUUGAAACACAAUGCUUUAUUUGUGGGUGAAGGACACUCCACAGGAGGUGGGGCACUGAAGUCAGGUAUUAAGGGCCUUAACAAUAAGAUUAUGCAAUUGAGAAAAAUUUGUAACCAUCCUUUCGUAUUCGAGGAAGUGGAAACAGUCUUGGAUUCAAGCAGACUUACUAAUGAUUUAAUUUGGAGAACAAGUGGUAAAUUUGAAUUGUUGGAUAGAGUUUUACCUAAAUUUAAAGUCUCUGGUCAUAGAGUGUUGAUGUUUUUCCAAAUGACUCAAGUUAUGGAUAUCAUGGAAGAUUUCCUUAGAUGGAGAGAUAUGAAGUAUUUAAGAUUGGAUGGUAGUACUAAGGCCGAUGAAAGACAAGAUAUGUUGAAAGUGUUCAAUGCUCCAAAUAGUGACUAUUUCUGUUUCUUGUUAAGUACCAGAGCUGGUGGUUUAGGUUUGAAUUUACAAACUGCAGAUACUGUCAUUAUCUUUGAUACUGAUUGGAAUCCACAUCAAGAUUUACAAGCUCAAGAUAGAGCUCAUAGAAUUGGACAAAAGAAUGAAGUUAGAAUUUUAAGAUUAAUUUCAAAUGACUCAGUGGAAGAAGUGAUUUUGGAGAGAGCUCAUCAAAAAUUAGAUAUUGAUGGUAAGGUUAUUCAAGCAGGUAAAUUCGAUAAUAAAUCUACAGCUGAAGAGCAGGAACAAUUCUUGAAGAAAUUGUUGGAAGCGGAUUCUACUAAGGACCAAAGUGAAGAAAAUGAUUCUUUAGAUGAUGACGAAUUGAAUGAAAUUUUAGCAAGACUGGAGGAUGAAAAGAUAUUAUUCGGAGAGAUGGAUGCGGAAAGAUUAGCAAAGGAGAAGGUUCAAGGCGGAUGGAAAAAUAGAUUGAUAACCAAGGAGGAAUUACCCCCCGUUUUCAAAGAAGACAUUAGCCAUCACUUCCACAAAGAGGUUAAAGAAUUGGCAAAGAUGAGAGAAAAGAAGAAGGUUAAAUAUGACGAUGGUUUAACUGAAGAGCAAUGGUUGAUGGCAAUGGAUGAUGAUGAGGAUACCGUCGAAGAUGCAAUUAAAAGAAAGGAGGCUAGAAUGGCUAAGAGAAAGAGAAGAGCUGCUACUCCUAAUACUCCAUCGAGCGAGGGUGAUGAAGACGAUGUCGAUGAUGACGAAGACGACGAAGAAGAAGAGCAACAUGGACGUAAGAGACGUUCUCGGACCCCAAAAUUCAGCGAUGUAGACGAUGAAUUUAUCGAAAGAGGAAACAAAUUACUUGACGAAAUAUGCGACUUGAAAGGAGAAGAUGGCCAUGACGUUUCUGAAAUCUUCCUUGACUUACCUUCCAGGAAAGUUUAUCCGGAUUAUUAUCAGAUCAUUAAAAAAGCUGUAUCUAUUAAUCAAUUGAGAAAGAAGUUGAAACAAGAUAAAAUUGAAAGUUAUGAGCAGUUAUUGGAUGAAUUGAAAAUCAUGGUAGCAAACGCCAAAACUUACAAUGAGAGUGGCUCGUGGGUAUAUAAUGAUGCUGAAAUAGUGGAGAACUUUCUUAAUGACAAAUGA